UUAUGAGCCGCCACCCGCCAGCCCUUUUUGGAAGUUUGGGAUUCAGUUUCUAAAUUUCUCAUCAUUCACGUCGUAUUCUGCAAUAUUUACUUACUUAGACCCUARGUGGCUGGGUACUCGGUUGAAGUUAGAAGUUUGCGACUUGGAAGUUGCUAAGUCGGAUAAGAACCGUCAUCGUAUUUACUAUUUAGUAUUUUAGUAUCAUAUCCGAGUUGCCAUCUAAUAUUUUUUUAAACAAUUUUUUAAUCAAAAUCUAAACCUUUAGUUUUAAUUUAUUCAAUUUUGUAUAAUGGAAUACAACUUAGGAGACAAUCCAGUUACUGCACAUUCAUGGAAUGCAAAUAGAACUCAGAUAGCAGUAAUUCCAAAUAGUAAUGAAGUACAAAUAUACAAAUAUGAACCAAAUUUGAGUGACUGGACAUUGUUGGACAAUCUAGAUCAACAUGGACUUCUAGUAACUGGAAUUGAUUGGGCACCUAACACUAAUCGAAUUGUAACUUGCUCAGCUGACCGUAAUGCAUAUGUAUGGACAAUUGAUGACAAAGGAAAGUGGAAACCAACUCUUGUAUUAUUAAGAAUUAGUAGAGCUGCAACGUGUGUUAAAUGGUCACCCAAUGAGAAAAAAUUUGCAGUUGGUUCAGGAGCUCAAUUGAUAUCUGUGUGCUAUUUUGAAGUAGAAAACGAUUGGUGGGUGUCAAAACAUAUAAAAAAACCAAUCCGAUCUACAGUAACUGCAUUAGAUUGGCAUCCAAACAACAUGGUAUUAGCUACUGGUACUGCCGAUUUUCGAGUAAGACUGUUUAAUGUACAUAUGAAAGAAGUUGACCAGUGUCAAAAAAUAAAAACCGAAUGGGACACUGAUGAUACUUCUGUGCCAAAUUUAGUUGCUGAAUUUACAAAUUCUUCUAGAGGAGGUGGAUGGAUUCAUGGAUUAGCAUUUAAUAAAACUGGUAACCGAUUAUGUUGGGUUGCUCAUGAUUCAUCUAUUACUGUUGCUGAUGUAUCUAAAGGAAGCAUUGUUGUAAAUAAAUUAAAAACAAAUGAGUUACCUUUCAUAAGCUGUAUUUGGGUUUCUGAUCGUGCAUUAGUUGCUGCAGGCCAUGGAUGUUGUCCUAUGUUGUACUGCAUUGACUCCAAUAACAAAGUGCAAUUUGUUUCUAAGAUUGACAGUUCUCAGAAAAAAGAAGCUGCUGGUCUAAGUGCAAUGAAAAAAUUUCAAAGCUUAGAUAGACAAGCACGAAUCAAUAGUGACUAUGAGCUUGAUACUAAACAUCAAAAUACAUUAACAUGUUUGCGUGUUCAUACUGAGUCAAACAAUACCGUUUUGAAAUUCACUAGUAGUGGAUUAGAUGGAAAAAUAAUAUUAUGGGAACUCAAUAGUUUAGAUAAAUUACUUCAAGGUCUAAAAAUCUAACUGCAAUGGAUCUACAGUUAUGUACAUAAUUAUAUUUGAUAUCAAUAAUUACUUAUAC